AUGAAGUGGUGCGGCGAGGCGGUGGGGCGCGGGUCUCCAGCGUACUUCGCGCGCGUGGCGCGGCUGCGGCGCGCGCUGCUGCUGCUGGCGGCCGCCGCCUGCACGGCCGCCGCCCUGCUCUACUGGCGCCAGCAGAGCGACGACCGCGCCACCAGACCACUGCACAGUCUCUACACUGGUGUCGAGCCGGAAUGGACGUGGGUGUGUCGGAACGAACGUUGCGAACGACUGCCGGCUGCAGAGACGUCUUCACUGCAGUCCUUACCCACUUGCAACAUGCUGUGUGCUUCCACCCAGCUGUGGCCUCAGCCUACCGGUCCCGUAAGUCUCGCCACCGCCGCUGUACCAGUACGUGCAUCCGCUUUUACUUUACACAUUGUGACAUCACCGUCUGGUCACGUCUCCGAUCACCUCGAAGACGCCUUCAGCUUAUUUCUAGAAGACUUAAAAGCUUUAGAAAAGAAUACGAUAUCUGAUAAACGCAGCGAUAUCGGCCCAGCUCAUGAGGUCCUCGUGCGGAUAUCCGUAAAUGGCAGUAGCGACGUACGGAUGCUUAUCGACACCGACGAGAGCUACAAACUGUCCCUCCGACCCAAACGUAACACACUGGUUGCCGAUAUCACAGCUCAUUCAUUCUGCGGGGCACGACACGGCCUUGAAACACUGUCUCAGUUAAUCUGGCUAGACCCUUACGCCGGUUCGUUGCUAGCUCUCGAAGCUGCCACCGUGGAAGAUGCCCCUCGGUUUCGCUACAGAGGACUCUUACUAGAUACCGCGAGAAAUUACUUCCCAGUGGGAGAGAUUGUACGGACUAUCGACGCAAUGGCCGCCUGCAAACUUAACACGUUCCAUUGGCAUAUUAGCGAUUCACAAUCAUUUCCUUUAAGAUUGAAUAGUGCACCACAGCUAGCUCAACACGGGGCGUACGGGCCGGGAGCCGUGUAUACCACCGAAGAGGUUCGAGCGAUAGUACGUCGAGCCAGAUUGCGCGGUAUACGUGUGUUGAUAGAAGUUGACGCGCCGGCCCACGUCGGCCGCGCUUGGUCUUGGGGACCUCAAGCGGGGCUCGGACAACUCGCUUACUGUGUAGAAGUAGAGCCCUGGAGUGCUUACUGUGGUGAACCACCAUGCGGACAAUUAAAUCCACGGAACCCACACGUGUAUGAGCUUCUCGAACGAAUUUACGCCGAGAUAAUUCAGCUGACUGGUGUCGACGACAUUUUCCAUUUAGGAGGGGAUGAGGUCUCCGAGCGCUGCUGGUCGCAGUACUUCAAUGACACGGAUCCGAUGGAUCUAUGGUUAGACUUCACCCAGCGCGCGAUGCACGUACUGGAGCGCGCCAACGGCGGCAAAGCACCAGAAAUGACACUAUUAUGGUCUUCUCGACUGACGCGCUCGCCGUAUUUGGAAAGAUUAGACACGAAAAAAUUCGGCAUUCAAGUGUGGGGCGCGUCGCGGUGGCCUGAGUCGCGGGCCGUGCUCGACGCCGGCUUCCGGUCGGUAAUAUCGCACGUGGACGUUUGGUAUUUAGACUGCGGGUUCGGGUCGUGGCGGGACAGUUCGGACGGACAUUGUGGGCCGUACCGGUCGUGGCAACAAAUCUACGAGCACAGGCCGUGGGUGGACGAAUCGGUGGGGGGUAUGGGGCAGGUGGGGGACGGGUGGCGCGUGGAGGGCGGCGAGGCGUGUCAGUGGAGCGAGCAGCUGGCGGCGGGCGGGCUGGACGCGCGCGUGUGGCCGCGCACGGCCGCGCUGGCCGAGCGCCUGUGGUCGGACCGGGCCGAGGGCGCGGCGGCCGACGUCUACCUGCGCCUCGACACGCAGCGCGCGCGCCUCAUGGCGCGGGGAGUCCGCGCGGCGCCGCUGUGGCCGCGCUGGUGCACACACAACCCGCACGCCUGCCUCUAG